AUGCCCAAACUCAACUUUAGACUUAAAUCACCGCGGGUGUCUUCCCAUUAUUACGUGCCACUCGUGUACCUGCAUAAAGCUCCUAUCCCAAACGCCCAGCGUCGUUACAUUGAAGCUGGGGCCUUCUUGCCUUUAAAGAAUUUGAUUUUUCUUGACUUAACCCAUAACGAAGAUAUUGACAUUCCCUACAUUAAUGAUGUUUUAUAUGGCUUGAAUGAAAUAACCACUUUAAAAUUUCUCCGGAUAAAUCUGAUCGUAAACAGAUAUUCAUUGGGAAUUUGUUUGGAGAGUUCCUAUUUUCACAAUUUCCCUCCAAACUUGGAGUACCUUGAAGCUCACGAAAACAACAUUGAAGCCGUGGACAGACAGUUUAUUCAAAAACUUCCAAAAACCUUAAAGACUUUAGAUUUGAGUGGAAACAGAUUUGUGUUCGGUACGUACUUGGCUGAUCUCUCAAAAAUGGAGAACCUGACUGUUCUUAUGCUCAGCAAAGCUGGUUUUACUUACAGCAUCCCAAAUAGGUAUCCUUACGCCCUGAUGCAGUCUUCAAAGAAGAAAAACUGUACAUUGUAUGACGAAACCUCAUACGAAGAGGAAACUUUCGAGUUUACAUUACCACCCAUAUUAAAGCGAUUAGAAAUGAACGGCGCAAAUUUGAACUAUGUUCUCUCAAAACUGCGAGUGAAGGACAACCAACUAGAGUACCUCAGUAUCACUGAAAACCGCUUUCCAAUUCUGAUUGGUCCGUUACAAGGCUUCAACUACUUAAAAUAUUUCGAUAUCUCGUUGAGUUUCGUGGCCCACAUUGAAGAUGGAUUUUUCAGCAACUUGUCAAGCCUCGAACUCACAACAUAA